AAAAAAGAUUUAUAACUUGUUGUAAAGGAACACCCUAGAUGAAGCAUGUGGGAAUGGCAUAACUGGAAAAUUUUCUUGAAUUGUGCUGAUGAUUAUAUUCUUUGCUUCAUUUCUCCAUCUUUUUCUGGGUUGACGAUUCCUGUUUCUUCAACUAUCUCUUGUCCACCCCAUUUGAUGUUCUCUAUUCCCUGGUAGCUUUCAACUUUUUAAGGAAUAUAGAAGCAUGGAAUAGCAUCUUAUAUUCCUAUAUAUACAUAAUUUAGGUGCAUGAAUGUUUAUGUAUUAUUCCUGUCUACAGUCUUUAGCAUCAGAAUAUUUUGACCGCCAUACUUCUUGAAAGUUUGUAUUAUAAAGGACAUCGUUAGUCUGAUUCUAUCUUCCAUCCUUCCUACUUCAAAAUCAUGUCUUCGUGAAAUUCCUCGAUUUUCAGUAUGGUAGAAGCAAGUUCUCAAAGAACUCAAAGCGUUUAUUUUCCUUCAGCAAUAAGCAGUACUCUAACAUCUUACCAAUCUUCCUGCCAAGCACGGAUGAAAUGCGUCAGGUGUUUGAUAGAUUUGACAAAAACAAAGAUGGGAAGAUAUCGCAAGAAGAGUACAAGGCCAUACUCCGAGCCAUGGGGAAGGAUGAAAGUGUGGUGAGAGAAGUCGGUAAGAUAUUUCAGGUAGCCGACUCAAACAAAGAUGGGUACAUUGACUUCAAAGAGUUUAUGGCAUUGCACAAAGAUGGAGGUGGUGUAAGGACUAUGGACAUAAGGAAUGCGUUUCGCGUGUUUGAUUUGGAUGAAGAUGGGAAGAUAAGUGCAGAGGAGGUGCAUGAAAUGCUAAAGAGGCUAGGAGAGAGAUGUACACUCGCAGAUUGCAAGAAUAUGGUAAAAGCAGCUGAUACGGAUGGUGAUGGCUUCAUAAAUAUGAAUGAGUUUAUAGCUAUGAUGACUCGUACUAUGACUCGUUAUUAGACAAUUUCCAAGAUGACAUUAAAGAAUGUUUUCAAAUUUGUCCUACUUAAGUUUUUAUUAAUGUGAUGUCAUAUUGUGAAUGUAAAUGUACUUCAUUAACAUUUAAGAAGAUUUAUUAUAUGUUUAUUUGAAUUCUAAAGUUUUUAUC